AAAAAAAUAAAGAAGAAGAAGAAGAAGAAGAAGAAGAAGAAGAAGAAGAAGACGACGACGAUGGCGAUGGCGAUGGCGAUGGCGACGUCUGUUUUCCACAGAGUGAGAACAGGGUCUAAAAUAGGUGCCCAGUAUGACCAAGAAGGCAACCCCAUUCAGGUGGAAACCCGAGAGGAUGAAGAUCAGAGCGUCAAGCUGGCGGAGAUCCUGGAGCUCCUGCUGGCCGCUGGAUACUUCAGAGCACGGAUCAAGGGAUUGUCACCUUUUGAUAAGGUGGUCGGUGGUAUGACCUGGUGCAUCACCACAUGUAACUUUGACGUCAAUGUGGAUCUUCUUUUCCAAGAAAACUCAACCAUUGGCCAGAAAAUAGCUCUGACAGAGAAAAUAGUGUCUGUGCUUCCGAAGAUGAAGUGUCCUCAUCGUCUGGAGCCCCAUCAAAUCCAAGGGCUGGAUUUUAUCCACAUUUUUCCAGUGAUACAGUGGCUGGUGAAGCGAGCCAUAGAGACCAGGGAAGAGAUGGGCGACUAUGUGAGAGCCUACUCUAUUUCUGAGUUCCAGAAAAUCCACAGCCUCCCAGAGGAUGAAGAGUUUCUCCAGAGGAAAGACGAGGCUCUGAAGACAGUUCUGGAUGUAUUGGAAGUGUACAAACCCCAGAGGAAGUACAGGAGGCAGAGGGAUGCAGGGGAGCUGCUUGAUGAGGAGUCCAGGGUUCACUCCACUCUGCUGGAAUAUGGCAGGCGAUAUGGAUUUAGCAGACAGUCCAAACAAGACAAGCUUCUUUGUCCUGUCAUGGAUGAGAGGAAGGCUUCGCUGGUCAGUGGCUCUCAGGCGGCACCCCCUGGGAUGGCGGAGGUAUCAGAAGAAGAUAACCUGCAGGCAGCGGAGGAGAUGCGAAUCAAAACCCUGAUGACCAGCAUGGCUGCCAUGGCAAAUGAAGAGGGGAAGCUGACAGCAAGUGCAGUGGGGCAGAUAGUGGGACUGCAGUCUGAGGAGAUCAAACAGAUUGCUUCUGAGUAUGCUGAAAAGCAGUCGGAGUUGUCGUCAGAGGAGCGUUCAGAGCGCUACGGCCCACUACAGCAACACCGCAGGGUAGUGGCCUCACUCAACAAACAGAUCCAGCAAAAGACUAAACAACUGCAGGAGCUACAAGCCAAGCAUGCAGAGGUGAAAACAGGUUGUGACGAGGCCAAGAGAAAACUGAUGGAGGCUACAGAGCACUCAGAGAAACUGGAGAAAGGGCUGAAGUCUUUAGAAGAGAUGGAGGCGCAGGCUGAAAGCAGCUUGCUGGAGAAGCUGAGGGCUCUGGUGACAAUGAAUGAGAACCUGAAGCAGCAGGAACAGGAGUUCCGCACACACUGCAGAGAAGAGAUGGCUCGUCUGCAGCAGAACAUUGAGGAGUUGAAGACAGCAUCAGGACAGGAUACAGAGGAAGAGAUGGAGAGGAACCAGCUGAUAGACAAACAGUACAACACAGACAGAGAGAAACUACAGAAGAUCCGUCUGCUCAUGGCUCGGAGGAACCGUGAGAUUGCCAUCCUGCAGAGGAAAAUUGAUGAGGUGCCGAGCCGGGCCGAGCUGACCCAGUAUCAGAAGAGAUUCAUUGAACUCUACAGCCAAGUUGCUGCAACACACAAAGAGACCAAGCAGUUCUUCACUCUGUAUAACACAUUAGACGACAAGAAGGUUUAUCUGGAGAAGGAGGUGAAUCUGCUGAAUUCCAUUCACGACAACUUCCAACAGGCCAUGUCGUCUUCAACAGCCAAGGAGCAGUUCCUCAGACAGAUGGAGCAAAUAGUGGAGGGAAUCAAACAGAGUCGCAUCAAGAUGGAGAAGAAGAAACAGGAGAACAAAAUGAGGAGAGAUCAGCUGAACGAUGAGUACCUGGAGCUGCUCGACAAGCAGAGGCUUUACUUCAAAACUGUUAAGGACUUUAAAGAGGAGUGUCGGAAGAACGAGAUGCUGCUGUCUAAGCUGAGAGCUAAAGGAGCCUCUUAGCCCUGGUAUGACUGUUGGUAAACUAUUUGUUUUUUGAUGUAAAUGAAAUAUGUAAUCUAUAUGAGCUAAACUGAUCACUGAUUAACUGUACCUGUAUGGAGUUUUUCUUUUAACAUUCCACACUUUGUUUCAUCAUUCUUCUAAUACAGUUGUAAACCAACACUUGUGACUUGCAUCUAAAACCCUGUGAGAAGAGUCGACAUUACAUUUACACUGUGCUCUUCACAUGUGCCAAAUCCAGCUGACAAAAACAGAAAUUGUUCAAGUCAAAAGAAGCGCAUUAGUGUUUCACAUAUUUUGGCAUAACCUUCCUGUGGUGUGAUUACAGCCCCACUAACAACCACAUUGAUCGCAAAUUACCAACCAGUUUCUUAACAUCUGGUCAGUCAGUCAAUUCCUCUCAAAGAAAAGUGUUGAAUUUCAAAAUGAACAAUAUGUAGAAGCCCCGAAACAAACCUAUAAAUCAUGACAAUGUGUGUUUAAUAUCUGACAAAUUUUGCACUUUGGGACUGUACAAACAGGUAGCUUAGACAUCAAAUAUAAUCAUAAUUGGACAUUUACUCUACACAUUUAAAGCUGUACUAGACAGCUGCAAUAGUUGUAAAAAAAAAAUAAAAAAAAUUACAUCAUGUUGAUCAUAAAGUGGUGCUGCAACAGAGAUGCUAAAAGAGAUGACAAAAACAAUUUCAAAGUGCCUGAACAUGUUGUUUGCUGAUGUUAUGUUAUAGGAUUUUUUAUGAACUAGUCCUUAAAUUUCAUUGUAACAUACUGAAGUGUGAAGUUUCCCUGUGCAGCUUUAAAUGUCGCUCUUUGUAUGUAAAGUUCUUUGCCAAUGACGCUGUUCUGAUGUGCCUCUGAAGUUUGAAUUCGCCUCAUGUCUUAGAUUUGCAUCUGUCACCAUCCGAUGACCAUGUACAACCAGUAUUUAAUGAAUAAAAGAAUCUUUCUAUUAACGAUCUAAA